CGUUAGGGGUAGAGGGUUGAAGGUUGGGGGCCGAGGGGCGGGGGAGGGGUCCCUCCGGGGAGAGGCGUCCGAUAGCGGCCUGGGCGUGGGAGCUCCCACUCCGUUGUGCCAGCAGCUGGCUCGCACCAGCGCCCCUCGGAGCGCCUCCGUCCCGCAGCCCUCGGGUGUCCGGCCUCCGGACCGCGUCUCUGACCGCCAUGGCCGCCGCCGCCGCGGGCGUGCGGGCUUUCGGGGCCAAGGGGCCCGGCUGGCUCCGGCGCAGCCCGUGGGCUCCGCUCGUCGCCGGCUUCUGCAGCCGCGGGACGGCCGGGGCCGGGCAGCCGGAGCCCGGGCCGCGACCCACCAGCGUGCGGCAGCAGGACGGCAUCAGGAACAUCGUCUUGAGCAACCCAAAGAAGAGGAACGCACUGUCACUGGCAAUGCUGAAAUCUCUCCAGAGUGACAUUCUUCAUGAAGCCGAAAGCCAAGAUCUGAAAGUUAUUGUCAUUUCAGCUGAGGGGCCUGUAUUUUCUUCUGGGCAUGACCUAAGGGAACUGACGGAUGAGCAAAGCCCAGAUUAUCAUGCUGAAGUGUUUCGCACCUGUUCUGAGGUCAUGAUGCUGAUCCAGAACCAUCCCGUCCCCGUCAUUGCCAUGGUGAACGGCUUGGCCACUGCUGCCGGGUGUCAGCUGGUUGCCAGCUGUGACAUCGCCGUGGCGAGCGACCAGUCGUCUUUUGCCACCCCGGGUGUGAACCUGGGGCUCUUCUGCUCCACCCCUGGGGUCGCCCUGGGGAGAGCAGUGCCGAGAAAGGUCGCCUCAGAAAUGCUUUUUACUGGGGAGCCCAUUUCUGCUCAGGAGGCCUUGCUCCAUGGGCUGCUCAGCAAAGUGGUGCCCGAAGGGCAGCUGGAGGAGGAGACCAUGAAAAUAGCGAAAAAGAUUGCCUCCUCGAGCCGUCACGUGGUGUCUUUGGGCAAGGCCGCCUUCAACAAGCAGCUGCGCCAGGACCUUAGAACGGCCUACCACCUCACCUCCCAGACCAUGGUGGACAACCUGGCCCUGCCAGAUGGGCAGGAGGGGAUCAAGGCCUUCAUCCAGAAGAGAAAGCCCAUCUGGGCACAGUGAGCCGGCCUUCCCAGAGGAAGGGAGCGGAGAGAGAACAGUGCUCAGGAAGCCCCCACCCCUGCCUUCUGGGCCCCAAACACCACUGCUGCCUUAUGAUUAUAAUGGAAGACAGCCUGCUUUUCUAACAUUAGUAAUGGCUGCACUGCAUGUGUCUGUGUUAAAAACCACAGUCCCAUGGGGAAAGGAUGGAAUGGAGAGUGAGAUGAAGUGCUUAAGGGUAGUGAGCGCCUCUGCUGGCUGGCUCUGGCAGAAGGCUGCUAUUUGGUAUGCUCCUCCAUAGAAGCUUCCAUGAGGGACCACCCUGACAUGGGAGGAGGUGACGAUAAACCGAGACGUGAAAGAAGGAUGCCAACCAGACCUUGCUCUCAGAAACGCUCCCUAAGGUGGAGGUUGUUCUGGUUCCCCCAGAGAGCUGAAACAUUUCCCAUCUCCACAAGAUACUCUCCACACUGAAAAUCUUCUUGAGUCUUGAGAAAUCAUCAUGCCUAUGGCCUUGGAAUAAACUUACAUGAUUUUAAAUGAU